AAAUGGAAAAACCCCAUUUCUUCCUCCCUCCCAGUCUGACCUUCACUUUGCUAGAAAGAGAGAAAGAGAAGGCUUUUGCUCUCGUUAUUGUUUGUGAACUAACUGCCUGUUCGUUUUCCGGAAGAAUUUUAUAUCCCCAAUUGAACUUUCACUUACCCGGGAAUCUUUACACUGAGACUAUUAUUUACUCUGCUGCCUUGCCCAACCGCCGCUUAAUGAUCCCAUUUCUCUAGCCAAAACCGGUGUGUAUUAUCUCUCUCUCAAUCCUCUAUUGUUUUUCUUUCUUUUUUUUUCUUCUGGCUCAAUUUUGGUUUUUACUUUUUCUGGGUUUUCUUUGUAACUUAGAGAUUUAGAGCUUGUGAGAUCUGUAUUUGUAGCUAUGGUUUAAGAAAAUGAUGUGGGGUUUGUCGUUUUUGGUCGAUUGUAACGUAUUGGAUUUGAGCUUAGGGCUAGGAAAACUGGGAUUUUUCAUUGCUUAAAGGGUUUUGGGGACCGAGAUUUGAUCUGGGUAUUGAAAAUUAAAGUUUUUUUUUUUUUUUUUUUGGUGGGUAAUUUGGUUUUGGGGGUUGAGAGAUGAAGAUUGAGGUGGGUUUGGGUGGUGCGGUGUGGAAUGAUGAGGAGAAGACCAUGGUUGCGACGGUUCUGGGGACUCGGGCUUUCGAUUACUUGCUAUCGAGCUCGGUUCCAAAUGAGAAUUUGUUAAUGGCUGUGGGAAGUGAUGAGCAUUUGCAAAACACGCUUUCGGAUCUCGUGGAGGGCCCGAACGCCUCGAACUUUUGCUGGAAUUAUGCAAUCUUUUGGCAACUGUCAAGGUCCAAGUCGGGGGAUUGGGUUUUGGGGUGGGGGGAUGGGUCUUGUAGGGAGCCUAGGGAGGGGGAGGAGCCUGAAGCUAUGCGAAUUCUCAAUCUUCGCCAUGGGGAUGAGACUCAGCAGAAGAUGAGGAAAAGGGUGCUUCAGAAGCUGCACAAAUUGUUUGGAGGAUCAGAUGAGGAUAAUUAUGCCUUAGGAUUGGACCGGGUUACUGAUACGGAGAUGUUCUUUCUUGCAUCGAUGUAUUUCUCGUUCCCUCGAGGCGAGGGCGGUCCAGGCAAGUGCUUUGAGUCCGGGAAGCAUGUGUGGAUCUCGGAUGCUCUGAAAUCGCAAUCUGAUUAUUGUGUUCGGUCCUUCCUUGCUAAAUCUGCUGGAAUCCAGACCAUUGUUUUAGUCACAACUGAUGUGGGUGUGGUUGAGUUGGGUUCGGUAAGAUCUGUGGGUGAAAAUUUAGAAUUGUUGCAGUCAAUAAGAUCAUCAUUUUCAACACAUCCCUCACUAACAAAGGUUAAGCUAGUGCCCGUAUUGCCGGUGGUGAAUGAGAAGAAAGAUGAAAAUUUCCCUACUGUGAAUUUGGGGAUGGUGGAUAGAGUGGAAGGAAUUCCAAAGAUCUUUGGGCAGGAUUUGAACUCGGGUAACUUGAGUCGUCCUCCUUACCGGGAGAAACUUGCUGUUAGAAAGAUGGAAGAGAGGCCAUGGGAAAUCUACCCUAAUAGGAGUAAGAUUGCAUAUCCCAGCCCGCGAAAUGGUCUCCAUAGUUCAAAUUGGGGACACAUUCAUGGUGGGAAACAAGGGAGUCCAUCAGAAAUUUAUUGUUCACAAACCCCAAAUAACUUACAGGAGCUUGUUAAUGGGGUUAGAGAAGAAUAUCGGCUAAACCACUACCAGCCACAAAAGCAGGUGCAAAUGCAAAUUGAUUUUUCAGGGGCCACCUCAAGGCCUUCUGUGAUUUCCCGGCCAUUUAGUGCUGAAUCCGAGCACUCAGAUGUCGAAGCCUCAUGCAAGGAAGAGCGAGCAGGUACAGCCGAUGAACGGAGACCCAGGAAACGAGGCAGAAAGCCUGCAAAUGGAAGAGAAGAACCACUCAAUCAUGUGGAGGCAGAGAGGCAGCGGCGGGAGAAGCUUAACCAACGGUUCUAUGCAUUACGAGCUGUUGUGCCCAAUAUAUCCAAGAUGGACAAAGCUUCCUUGUUGGGAGAUGCUAUUGCUUACAUCAAUGAGCUACAGGCAAAGCUCAAGGUCAUGGAAGCAGAUAGGGAGAGAUUUGGGAGCACUUCAAGAGAUGCAUCAACUUUGGAGGGUAACCCAAACACUGAAAACCUAUAUGGACCUCCUAAUGUUGAUAUUCAAGCUGCCCAUGAUGAGGUUAUUGUAAGAGUGAGCUGCCCUUUAGAUUCACACCCUGCAUCAAGAGUCAUCCAAGCAUUCAAAGAGGCACAAGUUACUGUUGUUGAGUCCAAAAUCGCCGCAGCAAAUGACACUGUGUUUCAUACAUUUGUAAUCAAGUCUCAAGGAUCUGAGCAAUUGACAAAGGAAAAGUUGAUUGAAGCAUUUUCCCGGGAAUCCAACUCCUUACAGCCAUUGUCUUCAGUUGGGUAGCAUGAGAAUCAGAUUUAGUGUAGUCCAUAGGUAAUACGUAGUGGAGAACCCGAUUAAAAGCUUUCUUUACAGGUUUUGAUAUACAGCAGUGGAUCCUAUAAGGAAAUGCAGUGCCGGCUAGUAGAACAAUAACUACUUCUUGACCAAGUAGGGCAGCAAAUUUUCUGUGAUUGUUUAUAGUUAUACAUAUUCUGUUAUAAGUGAAGUAUUCUUGCUAGGUGAAUCAAAUUUGUCAGUUAAAAAACGAAUGUAUUAUUGUUGGUUAUUAGUAGCAGACAAAUUUGUUCUGUUUUCUUAUGCCAGCUUCUCAAAGUUGUUAUUUUUAGCUAGUUCUUUGCUGAAUCAGCAUGUUACUUGUAAACCCACUGCUGCUUGUUGUGCCCCCCACUGAGGGAUCAAAAUUUUAUGAGAUAUAUGAUUUUGAUGCAUAA